AUGAAUAACGAGACAUGUACGUUGUGUAAAAAUAUUCCAGCCAUUAAAAUAAACAUUUUGAAUUAUUGUAAAAUGUGUUUUGAAAAACAGUUAGAAAGUAAAGUUCUUAGAAACUUGAAUAAUCUCCCAUAUAAAAGCAAGAUAUUAAUUGUGUUACAUGAAGAUGUAUAUGACAAUAUUUUAUUAUAUUUUCUCAAUAGGUUAAAAAAUAAAAAGAUGCAUGAAUUUAUAAUUUUUAAUCCUCAAAAUAAAGAUUUCGGUAGCUAUAAUUUUUUUCAAGUAAUAACACAAAACUCAAUUGACAAUCUACCUAAUCUUGACAUUAAUAACCAGACGACAAAAUUUAAUAUAGAUAUAUUGAAUAUGUUGCAAAAAUCUCAUUUAUCAUUUCACAAGAUUUUAAUUAAUUAUAAAAUUAAUGUUGUACUAUAUUGUAAAUCAAUGGAGGACAUUUGUACAGAUCUAAUUAUAAAAGUAUCUAGUGGGGUUGUGCUUGAUAAAACAGAUGUAUGUGAUUAUAUUUUUCAAGAUUCUUGUACAUUCAUUAACAUGUUUAAAGACAUAAAAAAUAAGGAAAUACAAUACAUGUCUUAUUUACAAAGUUAUAAAUUUAAUUGUACGGGAAUAAAAAAUAAAAAAUAUAAAUCUAUUAAUAAAUUCAUUAAUGAGAUAAAUAAAAACAAUCCGUUGGCAUUAUACAAUAUUAUUAAUGUAGUGAAAAAGAUUAAUAAACGGAUAUAG